CCCAGGCGUGGAAGCCUGCUCCAGGCUCUCAGGUGAUGCAGAGGGUGUGGAUGUUCUGAUUUACUGUGAACAACGCACGUCAGGAGGCCAUUCCCUGCCUGUGCCCACGCGCUGGCUGUACAUGCUGAGGCAAGGCGAACCGAGUGUGCAUUGCUCCAGCGAGCAGGGAGGCUGUGUGACACAGAUACUUUGAAGGCACCAGCAUGGCCGACCAGCUGACGGAGGGGCAGAUCGCGGAGUUCAAAGAAGCCUUCUCGCUCUUUGACAAGGAUGGGGACGGGACCAUCACCACCAGCGAGCUGGGGACCGUCAUGCGGUCGCUGGGGCAGAACCCUACCGAGGCCGAGCUGCAAGACAUGAUCGGCGAGUUGGACGCCGACGGCAGCGGCACGGUGGACUUCCCCGAAUUCCUGUCCAUGAUGGCGAGGAAGAUGAGGGACACGGACAGCGAGGAGGAGAUCCGGGAAGCCUUCCGCGUGUUCGACAGGGACAAGAACGGCUACAUCAGCGCGGCGGAGCUCCGGCACGUCAUGACCAACCUCGGCGAGAAGCUGACGGACGAGGAGGUGGAUGAGAUGAUCAGGGAGGCUGACAGCAACAGCGAUGGGCAAGUCAACUACGAGGAGUUUGUACGGAUGAUGACAGAGAAGUGAAGAACUGACUUUUCUGGUACCGUGUUCACUCAUUCAUUUGCUUCCUUUCACUGUAACCUACCCGUCAGUGGUCCCUCCCCUCUUGCCCAAGGCCUACGCAUGUCUCUGCUGCUUGGUUGGUUUCUUCCCCUGUAUUCUAUUACUUUAUUCUAAAGGCUGACUGGGGCUUACCCUGCUUGUUAGCUAAGCCCUGUGGUUCAUCUGAAAUUUAGCAUCUCUGGUUACACAUCUGGUUUAUGCCUUUUGCAAUAAUUAGGUUUCCUUUAGACCAGGCGGCAACUGGCAUUGGAGCCCACGCGUCCAAAGG